GGAAUUUUCCACUCAAGCUUAUAUAUUAGUAUUAUUUGUACUCCUACAAGGGCCCCAUAAUACAGGUUUGAAUAUCUUAUCAUAAAAAUAUUGCCACACAACACCAAAUAGAUCCUGUUAGAUAGUAGGAGGAGUUGUUCACCCACAUCAACUUACUAUUGUCAGCUUCUUCCCUCCUUGCUCUAUAAAAUCUUAAACCCUGUUCUUCCAAAACCAUCAUUGUCUUCAAGUAUUACAAAGGUCUUUAACAAAUAUUAAAAGAAUAUACAAAGGUUUCCAACACAUUUGCAUAAAACAAUUCCAAUGGCACACAGCAAAAUGAACAUGGGUCUGGUUUUAGUCGUAAUGGCAAUGCUCUGCACAGGAGCUGCAGCACAAUCGAGUUGUACAAAUGUGUUAGUCAGCCUGUCACCUUGUCUUAACUAUAUCACAGGGAAUUCCUCAACCCCGUCUUCAGGAUGCUGCUCAAACCUUGCUAGUGUUGUGAGUUCAUCACCACUAUGCCUGUGUCAGGUUCUCGGCGGGGGUGGAUCAUCACUGGGAAUCAACAUCAAUCAAACUCAGGCUCUGGCCUUGCCUGGUGCUUGCAAGGUGAAAACCCCACCCACCAGUCAGUGCAAAACUACUACUGCUGUUUCCCCAGCAAUCUCACCAGCAGGAACAGAAGCAGAGUCUCCAAAUUCAGUUCCAUCAGGAACCGGAUCCAAAUCCACUCCCUCACCCGGUGAUGGAUCAUCCAGUGGAAAUUCAAUCAAGCUGUCAAUUCCUCUGUUACUUAUUUUGGCAGCAGCAACAUAUGCUUCAGUUUUCUGAACAUAUUGAUUCUUCAAUCAGCUGGCUACCCAUUUGAAAUGCUAUUUUUUUUUUGCUUGUUAUUACCGAUUGUUGUUGUGUAAUCAUUUAUAUUAUCAAGGUCCCUUGUGCUGAAGGGUUCAGUCUAUUCAUUUUGUAACCUCUAUUGGGUUGCAUCAUUUUGUAUUAUGAGAAGGCUUUAUUCUCUCCUUUAUCAAUAAAACACGGAUUGAAAUUUGUUGUGUCA